GAAGGCGUGGCCGCGGGAGGAACAAAAAGCAGAAAGUAUAUAUAACUGUGCUGAUAUAGAAAUAUCUCCAAAAUGGAACUAUGCCUUUGGAGGUGGUGGUGGAACUGCAGAUCCGGGCGAUUUCUUGUCCAGGGGUGUGCCUUCCUGGCAAGCAAGAUGUGUUCCUUGGGGUUUACCUCCUGAAUCAGUACCUGGAGACACACUGCUUUCCUUCCGUGUUCCCUAUUAUGAUUCAGCGGAGCAUGAGGUUUGAAAAGGUAUUUGAAAAUGCAAUAGACCCUGGAGCUGUAGCAGACAUUUUAGAAAGCUUUCUAACCAGGUUUGAGUUAAUACAGCUAGUGCCUCCAGUGUGGGAAGAGUUGGCCUACUAUGAAGAAAACACACGGGACUUUCUCUUCCCUGAACCCAGGCUGACACCUUCUCAACCUGGGAUGUGUAGGGAGGUGCUCAUGAAGACAGUUGAAGGUUUUCCGGGCAUUGCUCCCAAAAUAGAGUUUUCUACGAGGACAGCCAUCAGAGAACGUGUGUUUCUGCAUAGAAACAGAUUUCUUGAAGACCGAUGUAAGUCACGAAGGCCUUUAUCUACAUCAAAUGGACCAAAAUUCCCCUUAAGUAGUAUAAAGAUGAAAUCAAGGGAGAGUAAUCUCGACAGACUGCCCCAAGGCAUGCAGUCCCGGCCACCCUCUCCAUACUUCACCAGGCGUUUCUUUCAGGACCAGUCAGCUCAACUGAAUCUUGGAGAUAGUUUCAAAAUACCUGGAGAAAGCAAACCUCCAUUUGUAGUAAGACACGUGGACAGUGCAAAGCCCUUUGGUGAGAACAGUUCAGAGCAUCAUUCCCAGAAGUCUAGAAGAAAAUCUGACUUUUCAAACUUUCCAUUUCCAGUGAGAAGAGCUUCUUCUCUUGACAGCCUUGCAGCUAACGUAAAGGUUAUCAAAGAGCCAGAUGAACGGAUUGUUUUAAGGAAUGAAUCACCGUCAUCGUUAGAUUCAAGUAAAUUUGGAAAGCCCUCGGCCAGUUACAGUAACCAAGGGGAUGCCGAUUUCCACCGGGAAACUUCAUUUGGCACCUCCCAGCACUCCAGACCUCCCUGCCCUCUUCUGGAUCAGCCCCUUCUCCGAGAAAGGUUCCACCCUGGGUCCCAGUCCAUGUGGAAGAAGAUCCACGAAAGGGUCUGCAGUCAUCUGAUGUCCCACAGAUCUCAGCAACACCUAAACAAGGAAGACUCCAUCUCUGAAGUAAAGAAUAUCCUUGAAAGACCAAGCUACCCUCUGAAGAAAUAUCCGGUGCAUGAACAGAGAUAUUUUUAAACUGCUGUUCUAUGGGAGACUGAAUGAAAGCUGGAGGAGCAUCAUGAAGAGCUCACUCAUCAAGCCAACUGAACAACAGUUUUUGUUCUGUGUAUCAAAUCACCAGUGUCUAACCCCCUUUAAAUCAAACCUGUACCCACCCAGUCUUUUGUACCCAGGUAAGAGUCAUUGAUUAAAGUGUUUGCUGUU